AUGGCUUUAUACGAUAAUAAAUACUGGCUUCUAUCCCACAUAAGAAACUCUUUCAUAUCCACAGACGAUACUGGAAUGUGCGAACUUGUAAUGAAACCAGAAACUAAACAGGUCAAAGACACAUUUUUCAGUCAAGAACCAUUCCCAGACUCUGAGGAUAGUGAAGAAGACGACGACGAGGAUACAGGCUCUUAUGAUAUCCAACUAGAUACAGGGUAUAAUUUAAGAGAAAGAUCCAUGACAGCCGCCAGAUUGGAGAAAAUGGAAUACAUGAUCAGGAACGCUGCCCGCAUAAAACAUGUAAAGUGGGAAUGCCAUUCCGACCAAAAAGACCAGGAAUUAUUUGUGGCUAAACAAACAAAACACGAUCCAAUAAUUGAAAAAAAAUCAGGCCUUUCCAAAAUCAUAAAAGAAACUGUAAACAUGCCUGUUAAUCCUUUCAUCGAUUAUGCUAGGUACGAUGGUGUGGGCCAAAUAAAAAUACCCACAAGAAAGUAUAAUAUUUUUUUGACCAUGCUACCAGAAGACCAAAGGAAUUAUCCUAUAAAUGUUUGCUGUGUUGCCUCAGCCAAAAUUCAAGACUUGAUUGGCUUGAUUUUACUAAAAUGCAGCACCAACUAUGAUUAUUCUUUAAAGCCUCUACAUUAUUAUGGUUUGUAUUUGACUGAAGACAAUGGAGAAGUGGAUCAUGAUUUUCCUGGUCUGGAUAACAAAGAAUGUGUAGCUAAGUUUGGAUUCACUUAUUUAGGUUUGGUAGAACACAAAGAGCCUCUAAAAGCCAUUAGUUUAGAACCUGAAGGAACCCCAACAUCAUCUGAAAGUGGUAAAAAACGUACCACAUCCUCUUCAAAAGCAGAGGAAAAUAAACAAAUGAAACAAGACAUGAUGAUAUUGGAUGGACACAACAAAGCCAUGGAAGCGCCCUUAUUCAAAUUAUACCGGGCUCAUAUUGUUAACAAGCUCUGGUGGUGGAAAGUCGAAGUUCAUAUUGGAAUAAGUGGAGAAAAAAUUGAAAUUGACCCAAUUGUACACAAAAAUUCUAAACUGCCCUUUGUUAAACAAAUACCAGUGAGUCAUAAUAUGGAUUGUAUUGCCUGGUGUGAGGAAACUGAUACUAGAGGCAGUAAAGGGAGUUUUAGAAUAGUGUAUGCUACUGGAUUUGGCAGUGAAAGGAAUAAUCCUUAUUCCAGUAAUUAUUCCUCUUUUAACUUAUCCUCCUCCCUGCAAUCUUCAUCUAGUUUUAAGCAUUACGAUUUUGAAGCGGAUAAAGAAGUGACUGAAGAAAUUGUUCAAAAAAUCAAUUUAAUAUUGAAUUUAAGGACCAGCCAAAGCAGGAUGGAGUAUUUGGCCAUCAGAGAACGAAAGGAUAUGAAUAAACGGAAAAGUUUCAAGUAUUUAAGGUCAUAA